AUGGCUUCGAAAGAUCCCGGGAAAUGUGACUACUACCAAUCGCCUGAAAAAUCCAAACGCAAAGUUGUUCGGUUAUUAGUUGUAAUCGUCUUGGUCUUUGCAAUCUGCUGGUUCCCAAAUUAUGUUGAUCAUUACAUUUGGUUCGUGCGACCUGACCUUCGGUACUCGAUACCGGAGGAAGCACAGCUAAUGUUUUUGUGGCUCGCGCACGCAAACAGUGCAAUAAAUCCAUCACUUUAUAUUUUGCUGAACAGCAAAUUUCGCAAAGAACUUUUCAUCACGAUGACUUGCUGUCCUCGUUAUCGAGUCAGGCUGGCACGCUUUUUGUCGGCUUCGUCACAGAAUGAGGAGGAGAACAGUUUUACAACUGGAGGUACCAUGUGGAAAAUGAUGUCGUUUGGUCGAGUAACGGCGUACACGUUGCCGCGUAGUCCCUCAGAGAAGCGGGAAAGAGGGCACACUAACCUGUCUUUGUCAUGGAUGAGCAUCAAAGAAGGCCACUCGUACCCAAAUAGUCCACCACCUCAGAACCAGAAUCCUAACUCCUCACAGAACACUGGUAAAAGCGGAGAAGACAUGCUCCAAGUGUACCGUUUGUCUUAAAAGCUGGUUUAUAGAUGUUUUCCUUGGUUCACAAGCAAGGAUAGUUGCAUCUUUGAAUGACAUGACAAAAAGUCUACCGGCUUAAAUGCGUUGCCAUUCCAAAGAGGUGACAGGUCUUAAUGGUUGGAUUUAAACUUUAAUGUGUGAGUCCAUCGGAUUAUUUUGUCCACGGAAUUAAAAAAGUUUUCCUCUGCCUUUGUGACAGUCCGAAUGACUUGAACUGAUCUAUCAAUAAGACAAGGUUACUCCUAAAACUUCGUCUUUGUUGUAGCGUAGCUGCACGUUACGUACAGAAACAACUAGACAUUUUGUUUACUUUAAAUAAGUUGAACAUAUGUGAUGGCUUACAGUUUAAUCCUGCGUGAGGGUUGAAACAAAUUCUAAAUCAAUAUACUGAAAUGUUUAUGUAAGUGGGUUGAUAACAUAAGCUAUAAAAAAACGUAUUAUCCAGCAUAUCAUUAUAAAAUAAACUUACCCUCAUAAUGUAAAAAUAUAUUAAUUGAUUUAGUGGACUACAUUACACAAUACGUUCAUGAUAUUAUAAUAACGUACAUUAUGAAGGACAGCUAUAUCGCUUGAAGGAUAGCAAGGAAUUUAGCUUGGGUAGCUUAAUUAAAAAUUCUAGCAUCAGCUGAUGCACGUGCGGAUCAUUAAAAUAGCGCUCAACCCACAGGUGGCUGAUGAAUACUCUCCGCAUUUACAAGAUUUCUUGAUACCGUUCCUUAUUGACUGUAAAUACGUAUAAUAAAUAAGAUCGAAGCUGAUUAUUUCUCCCUAACAUUAAUCAAACUUCACAUACACCCACGGAAAUUACGCAAUAAAUGUUAUCUAUAAAACUCUGAUCAAUAUACAAUUUGUCAAGGUGAGUGUUGAAUCAGUGAAAUUAAAGUUGUUACAAUCAAAACUGUGAUUAAGUUGGUGUACAUUGAAAUGUUUUUCCAGCUUUUUUCCAGUCAAAUCUCACAAUGAAACUAUAAGGUCUUUUUUUUCUUUUUAGCUCAUUCAUGCUGAAAGCAAUGAAUGACGUAUCGUGGUGGAGCAGAUAUUGACGGAAGUUGUAUUCCGUGGACGGAAGUUGUAUUCCGUGGACGGAAGUUGUAUUCCGUGGACGGAAGUUGUAUUCCGUGGACGGAAGUUGUAUUCCGUGGACGGAAGUUGUAUUCCGUGGACGGAAGUUGUAUUCCGUGGACGGAAGUUGUAUUCCGUGGACGGAAAUGCAUUGUGGACCGUAAACGGAAGUAAACUCGCAUGCUACCCCUCCCCAGUUAGUGAAAGUCAAAAUUAAUUUCGUUGAAGCUCAGAAACUCACGUUGAAAGAAAUAAAAUGUUUAUAUGGUUUAAUAAAAUUAUAACCUCAAUUCACAUUUCCGAACUUCUGAAAAUGCAACUUAAAACAAGAAGCCGAAAUGUUCACACCUAGGAGACCCGUAGCGGGUUCAUUUCAACACACGAUGUGACCACGCGAAAGAGCAUCAAAAGUCGCCAUAUUGGUAAGCCGCGCAUUUGCGUUCGUCUUCAGUCUGUAUAAAGUAAUCAUAGCUCUAUCAUUGUACUUUUCCUCGUGAGCUCCUCAACAUACAGUCCACACAUCAGUCAUAGCGGCCAAGAUAGUCUCACUAGAAUUUUUUUUCGAGCUCCAAUAUUUCGGUCCGGACUUGAGGCUCGCUCGAACAAAAACAGCAAUACCAAUCCGGUCAUUAAAAAAUGCAGACUGCUGACUGCAGACCGGGUACAAAAUGCAGACUGAGAAUUUAUACUGUUUUUUCGUCUGAUAAGUGAUAACAUGUCAUCUUGCAACUUACCGAGCGUCACGCAAUUGCUUUUCCGCGAUCGUCUUUCAUGAUUAUUUGCACUAUUGUGGAAAAUUCCUUGCCCGUUUCUUGAUCACAGUCGUUCUUAAUAUAAUUUCAAGCCUUCAUACAGUCUUCUCACUUUGCGCGCGAGUUGGUUGGUGAGAUGUCGGUACAGAAUUUACUAACUCAUUAAAAGUAGAUGUAGAUGGAGAUGUAAAGGAGAUGUCACUAUUGAAUAUUUAAUACGCGAAAUUUUCGAGAAACAAUUGACAGCUUUGCACGUGGUUCAUACGUUUCAUCGUUUUGACCGAUAUGUGUUCAUUUUGUUGACAAAAAUGCGGAUCAAGACCAACUGAUUUUUCCAUAUCAUGUGCCUUAUAUUGUUAUUGGCUUAGUACAUGAGGAACCAGCGAAUUUUUUGAAGGGAAAAGCGAAAAGUUGCUUUCGUGACUGGCCAUUUGCUUACUUUUCUGGUGGUUUUAUCUCUCAUCUCUUUCGUUACUACGCAAACACACACACCAACAAAAAGGACACUGUCUGCCUAAUGACCUCUGUUCAUCCUACCUUCAGCCCACACAACCUUUUUUCCAAUUCUCAUCACGACGAACGCACAAGUUUCCUCAUCUCACAACUGCCCAAAAUUAGGAGAGAAUUUAUUCUUAAAGUCUUGAAAGUUCACAUAAACCGAAUUCAACUGUACCUAUAUUAAAAAAAUCCAGGAAAUCGAUACAAACCUGAGCCAAAACAUGAAUGAGCUGGCUCUAAGAGCCCUGGCUUUGAUUUCCUCGUGCAUUCGACACCAAAAUGUUAAUUAAACAAGAGUAAGCGUCAGCUCACCACUGCUCAAGAAAGUAGUAAGUUCGAAUUCCACGACUGAAACAGCUUUGCUGGGAAAUUUGACCCAGACUUAACUAAACUUGUAUUUGUACUGUUUCCUGAACACAUUUCAUGUCAAUCAUUUUUUUUAUAAUGCAAAACGGAAGGAUGGUUCAAUCACUGACGUCAUAGCACUGACGUCAACGGUAGAAAAUUAAGCUUAAGAGUUUGCUCCCCGAUAUUGAACAUGUAGUAGAAUUCAAAUCUUCGCUCAAAUUUUUUACAACGAAUAAAUUGUUUUGGAGAAUUCAGAUAUUAAAUGAAUGAAAUUAGAUUAAAAAAGUAAGUUUCUAAAUUUCUGAUCAUGAAUUACUUUUUAUAAAAGAUUAUUACCUCAAGGACGGUUUUUCUUUUUUUCGGCGUGAUAAUUUCGAAACCAGUUUUUUGCAGGCAACCAAAGUGAUUUGAGAGAAGAUACACAUGUAGUGGACUGAAUUAUUAAGUUAUCCAAAUCGAGAUCUAUUGAGAUCAUAACCGAAUUCUUUGCUUUAAAAUAGCGCCUAGCCAGUAAAACAACACAUUUUAUGAAAAAUGGCAACGAAGCAAGGGAUGUACUCAGCGACUCACUUAAGCGUCAUCGUACCUGUGGGCAGAGAUCCGGACCGCACUAGGAACCAGUCAGAUUUCAAGAUUCGCUACUACACCCUCUUGGAAAUAAAAUAUAUGUUACUAAUUUCCCAAAAGUUCCUUCUGAGCAUCUUCUAUAUUUCAUCGUAUAUCCAUAAUGACGUGACAAAUUGUCAGCGCUCCCUCAAGUGGCGAUCUCUGUAAGAGCGGUCUAGGCCACAUCGGAAUAAAUUUUUGCCACAAACUUUGACCAUUAACUAUCUUUGGUAGAAAGUAAAUAGAACCACAUUGGUUUCCGGAAAUACGUUUAAAAUAAUUUUGAGGGCUCUCAAAAAUCAAAGCUGCAAAAGGCCCUUUUUCGACCUUGCGACAUCGAAAAUUCAAAAGUUAACAAGCUCGCUUCUCGUAACAUACUGCACGCGGCAAGAAAUCGUUUGCAUUCCUACAUUUUGUAAUAUCUAAGGGGUUUGGAAAGCAUUUCAAUUAUGACGUGUGUUUAUUUAGAGGUUCGCCAUAAUUUAUCUAAAAACACCCGUCAGACAGCUUCUGAAAUUGGUCAAAAGUACUCUUUUUUUCUUGGAUGUUAUUUCUCAAGUCCAGACCAGGCCACUAAAGACUCCGGUUCGUUUCUUCAAAUAAGAUGUUCGAUAGCAUAGAAACAUAAAAACAUCUUGCACUAUUCAAUUUCCUUUGCCGUGGUGACUUCAAACUUUUGGCGAGUUUCCGAGCGUGACUGAAGAAUUAUGCAAAUUAUCUGUUGAGCAAACUCUGACAGUUCUAUAUUAAUAGCUCCAUGAAUCUUAGAUUUAAACCGUUUAAAAGAAUAGAUAGUGGGAAAGAGCUUUUAGAACACACUGAUUGCAACUCUAAACAUUUUAAACGGCUAAAAUCCGGCAAAUGUUCACGAAAAAGGUGAACAAAACGUAUCGAAUAUCGUAUUGAUUAGCGUUCGGUCAACCUUUUAAUAAGCAACUCUUUCUUUAGAAAAAAAUGGUGUGUGUUAUUUUAUGUUUGAGUUUAGAGAGCUUAAGUUAUUCAAACUUGUAUGAACAUUUCAGGACCAAACUAAAGGAUUUUAUUUAGCGUAACCGGCGAUAACAUCACAAGACUACGAGCAGUCCCUCCUUUUCGGCGACGGUCGUGGCGCAGGUCGAAAAAAAUCAGUGAGGACAAACAAAUUUUAGUGCCUCACUCCAAGAGCUCCCGGCGGCGCGCUGACAUCUUUUUUUUCUCUAUUUUCAGCUCUGGUUAUUUUCUGACUCGCGCGAUGGACUUCACGCCAAAGAAGGGACUGCACGUAGUCGUAGUGACCAUGCAAUGGCUCAGUCGCGUAAUUCUAAAUAUUUAAUCUAUUUAUUCUAAAUAAGGCAGCGAUAACGUGAGUUUUUUUGGCUCGGAAGUCUAGCCUAGAUUUUCCAGGCUAUCAGCCGUGUUUUCACUUGAUGAGAGCAGAGAAAUACAGGAUUUCAGAUCAGCGAGAGGAAAAUUACUGUCCAAGAUCCACAAAAUAAGAAUGCAAACGAUUUCUUGCUGCAUGCAGUGUGUGUUACAUGGAGCGAGCUCGUCAACUUUUGAAAUUUCGAUGCUGCAAGAGGUCAUAACGGGGCCUUUUGCAGCUUUGAUUAUUGAGAGCUUUCAAAAAAACUUUUAACGUAUUUCUAGAGACUAAUGUGGUACUACUUACUUACUACCAAAGAUAGUUUAAUGGGCAAAGUUUGAGGCAAAACUUUAUUUCGAUGAGAAAUGCCCCUGGACCGCUGUUUCAGAGAUCGCCACUCAAUGAGCAAGUUAACGUAUGAGCUAAUGAUCAUGGAUUCAGUUGAACACAACUUUGUGUUCCAUGUGACGAACAGGUAUAAACCAUUUUUCAGGUAUUGAUUUGAUCAAUAUGUAAGAAAUACAAUUAAGGAAAAAAGACAAGAUCUAAUCUCAGUGAAAUGUGACACAGUGGGCGUAGUCAAAAGCAAAUUUGUUAACACUGUCGCAUAAGCUAUUAUUAUUGGGCCAUCAAUAUUUGAAUUAUAUCGUCCAUCAUGAUGUGAAAAGAAUGGAACGCACUUCCUUAAUGAAACUUUCCUGUCUGAGUCAGUGAUCUCAAACACCUAUAUAAAAACUGGUUUCCUGCACACGGCGUUAUUGCAAAAAAAAAAGGGGUGGUACAAAUCAAUUUUUAAAGUGUUCCUUUCAUCAGUAUGUAAAAAAAAUCAAGUAGAGGAAAAAGAUUAGAUCUAAUUUUAGUAAAAUACGACACAUAAUGAACGUAGUGGGAGUAAAAUUUACUUACACCGUCGUAUAAAAUACGAUCAUUGUGUCGCUAAUAAUAUUUGAAUGAUAUCGUCCAUCCUGACGUAAGAUGAAUUGACAGCACUUCCUGAUAAACAGUUCCUGUCUGAUUUAAUGAUCUCGAACACCAAUAUAAAGACUGGCUUUCUGUAUACAGAUUCACUGCUGUGAAAAAGGGCGUUCGUCAAGAGUUAAAGUGAGGUAGAAGGAAAACUUACAUCUGUAAUAUUCACUUCUUCUUCAGUGGUAUGUAAAAGGUCAAUAAUUUGAUCAAACUAGAUCUACCUUCAAACUUCUGCUUUUGCAUCCUCUAUACUAAAUUGAUAUUGUUUAUUGUGACGUAAUACUAAGAACUUAUAAGUUCCCAAUAAGAAAUUUAUGGACCUCAAUUGAACAAGCAUUUAUAUUCACAAGUGUGGCCAUGGCAAGACAAAAACGACGUUACAAAUGCUGAAACCUAUCACGUACUUAGGAUCUUUCCCAUCACGAUUUUCGUUGUGCUGUGCGCCUGGCCUCUUUCGAUAACCAUUGUAAUCUACAUCCUAAUUUGUCGUAAAUUGUGGCUCCGAAAGAUCCUGGGAAAUGUGACAACUACCAAUCGCGCUGCGGUUCAAACAUUCAAACUCAAAUUUGUGCGGUUAUUAGUUGUAAUCGCCAUGAUCUUUGCAAUCUGCUGGUUCCCAAGUUAUGUGGACAUUACAUUUGGUUUGUGCGACCUGAAGUUUGCAAUUUGUUGCCGGUUGAGGUACAGCUAUGCUUCUUGUGGCUCGCCCACACAAACAGGGCAAUAA